AUAGAGCUCUCGGAGCAUCCAAAGCCGCUCUAGCUAGUCUCUCUACAAGGGCCGUUUCUCUCUAGCAAGCCUCUCUUUAAUCUCUCUGUGCUGUUGUGCCUGCGUCUCUGUGUGAAAAGGGAGGCUUGUUUUAGCCGUUAGAGAAGAUGGCCAUGACGACUAAGCUUGCUUGUGUUCUGCUCCUUGCUCUGCUCGGAUUUUCCAUGGUUGCGACCCAGGUUAUGGCAAAGGAAGCCCAGUACCGCCUUGACAGUGCAUACGGACCUGGAAGUCUUAAGAGCUAUCAGUGCGCGGGCCAAUGCCAGAGGCGAUGCAACCAGACGCAGUACAAGAAGCCAUGCCUCUUCUUCUGCAACAAGUGCUGCGCCAAGUGCCUGUGCGUCCCACCGGGCUUUUACGGCAACAAGCAAGUGUGCCCUUGCUACAACAACUGGAAGACCAAGCGUGGCAGUCCCAAGUGCCCUUAAACCACUCACGCUCAAACCUCAUUCAUUCCAAUACCAUCCACUACUAGUAUUCGCCGUGUACUAAUAGAUUCGUCCAAAAAGGUCACGACUUUAAUGACCAUUCUGUUUUUUCUCCAGGCUAAGCAAGUGUUUUGUGUUACUUUUGUCCUUGGCUUUGGCUCCAAUGGGGUUUGGAGGGAGUGGUUGAAUGAAAAACCUUAACCCUCCCCCAAGUGAGAGCUGUCUAUGUUACCAUGUAAUGUUUGACCCAUUUAAUGCAGUGGUCAAAUGGUCCUUCCUCUGUUUUUA